UGAUGAAUAUUUUCGCCUCUUUUUUCUAUUGAUUUCUUUGAACAGAAAAAGUCCAGAGUUCUACACAUAAAGCUAUUAUAAAUUUAUAACUGAACCACCCCCCAACCUCACCAUUCAUUAAAAGAAACAAAAGGUUUGCAUUAGAACUUCUUAUUCAUGUUUGUGAUCACAGUUUGGUCAUGUGGUGGCGGCUUGUAGUUUGUACUUUUUAUAGCAGUCAAGGCUAAGGACCAUUGAUCUUUAGUGCUAUUGCUGCUUCUUUGGUGGCAUUAAUAACCACUAGCUGCUGCUUUUGUUGCUCUUGCUCUUCUUCUUAAUUUUUUUUUUGUUUCUCAGCUCCUUUUUUUAUAGGGUAAUAUUCUUUCCAAGAUUAUUAUUAUUAUUAUUUGGUGAUCUUUCUGAUUUUAUCAUUAGUUUAGUCAAUUUUAAUAAUUUGUUUGGUGUGGCCCUUGGUAUGAAAUAAUUGAGACGAUUUGAUUUUGGGAAACCUACUUUGGAUGUAUUUAAAUCAUGGAAUAGCCUAUAGAGAGAGAGAGAGAGAGAGAGAGAGAGAGAGAUCAAAUCAUGGCUUGGUGGUCAUCAUCACCUCUCUCUGCUACUAUUCUGAGGAAAUGUUUGAAUUUACCUUCCUGUAUACUAUGUUGAGCUAUCGGAACAACUUAUGAGAAGCGGAUGAAAGUCACGAAACCCAGUGGCAACCUCCCCUCCUCCUCCUCCUCCUCCUCCACCAUUGCCACCACUACAAAAACCCUCCACCACAACUCCGGCGACUCUUAAUCUUCCCUCCCGAAGACUUUGCAGGAUCAGAAGAAAUCCACUGACUUACUGGGGUACCUCGUCUGAUAACCCAACCAUUAAUAUCGCGAACCAGAUGCAAAGUUACGAAUCGGAUUCGGAGCUCUUCAAUUUGACUACAGGUAUGGAGAUGUUAGGGAUCCCCUAUCAUCAGCCCGAGUUCAAGAAGCCCAAUAUCUCAACUGGCUUCUCUGAAGAAUCGUUAAUGGUGGACGAUUCCUCUUUGAGAUGCGUGUUUCCCUGCGAAGGAAACGAACGGCCGAGUCAAGGACUCUCGCUUUCUCUCAGCUCAAACAAGCCUUCUAGUAUCGGAUUACAAUCGUUCGAGCUCAGAGAGACGACGAGUCAUCAUCAUCAUCAUCAGCAGUUUAUUCCUUCCAAUUCCAGAGAUGGGUUCUUCGGGAAAUCGGCCAUUCUUCAAGAGCAGGACUUCGAGCUCAAGAGCUCAAAGUACUUCGUUUCCGCACAGGAGCUUCUGAACGAGUUCUGUAGCCUCGAAAUAAACAAAACUGAUCCACCGAAACAGGAGCCCCCGAAGACCAACCAAUGGGAGGACGGCAGUAGCUCUUGCAAGCAAUCUCUAUCUCUAUCCACUUCAGAGCUUCUCGAAUUGCAGAAACGAAAAGCCAAAUUGAUUUCCAUGCUGGAAGAGGUGGAUAGGAGAUAUAGGCAAUACUGUGAUCAGAUGAAGGCAGUGGCAGCAUCUUUUGAAGCGGUGGCCGGUGCCGGAGCAGCGAAAGUGUAUUCAGCGUCGGCGUCGAAGGCCAUGUCGAGGCAUUUUAGGUGUUUGAGAGAUGGGAUUGUGGGGCAGAUAAAGGUCACCAAGAAGGCAAUAGGGGAGGAGGACCACCCAGGUACAUCAGGAACAACCAGAGGAGAUACACCAAGGCUUAAGCUUCUUGAUCAAACUCUUAGGCAGCAAAAGGCAUUUCAACAGAUGGGUAUGAUGGAGAGUCAUCCUUGGAGACCUCAAAGAGGCCUCCCUGAACGAUCUGUUUCUGUUCUUCGUGCCUGGCUCUUCGAACAUUUCCUUCACCCGUAUCCAAGCGAUGUGGAUAAACACAUCUUAGCUCGCCAAACUGGUCUCUCAAGAAGCCAGGUCUCGAAUUGGUUCAUUAAUGCAAGGGUUAGGCUAUGGAAACCCAUGGUGGAGGAGAUGUACUUCGAAGAAACCAAGGAGAAGCAACAAGACAAUGUAGGCUCCUCCUCAUUAGAUGGGGUUACAGGCCCAAGCCAUAACGACAACUUACAAUCUCGUUCUGGGGAAGACAUGAAGCCCAGGAUAGAGAAACUAGUUCGUGGCAACUCAGAUUCACAAUCUUUUAUCAUCAGCAACCCAGAUAAAGAAGAAGAAAAUAGAAAACACUUUGGUGUUGGUGACUUGGACUUCUCCUACAAUAAUCACAUGGCCAUGGCCAACACAGUCUCUUACCCUGGGACUGGUGUGUCUCUAACGCUAGGAUUGCAACACCAGGAAGGGAACUUAUCACUCUUCUUCCCUAGAGACCAACUUGAAGAUUGUCAAUCAGUUAAUUACUCAAUUCUGGAUGGGGAAGGACAGAAUCUGCCUUGCAGGAACUUGAUGGGAGCACAGUUGCUCCAUGACUUGGCCGGGUAGGGAGAACAAAUGAAGUUCUGAUGGCAUAGAUACGAUCUAUACAUAUACUUAGAAAAGUUUCAUAUACUGUGAAGGAAAAUCGGUAGGGUUCUACACUUCUCUAUACGUUCCCUUAUAUCAAUGUAGUAGUAGUAGUAGUAGUAGUAUAUGUAGAUUAUUAAUUAUAUAUACUUUUCCUAUGAGUUCUGAUUGGCUGGAAAUGGAUUGCUAUUAUCAUUCUUUAAUGCAAGAAUAUACAGAUACUACUUCUAUUUCAGUUC